AUGCCCGACAUAGCCUGUGGUGCAGAGACACACAGUCAGGCGCAUCAUGUCCAGCUUGACAAACAUAUUCCCCGUGGGCUUUCCUUCGAAAAAAUUGAUUGGGAUUGGGAUUUCAACUGGGGCACCUCCUUCAGUGAUGCCACAUCACGACGAUCUUCAGCCGAGGAAGAAGGGACGAGUGAAUCAGCUUUCGGCGACAGCUUGGGAAGAAAUGCAAGUAACCAAAUCACGCGUAGCUGCUCAAUCGAGGAGAAUUAUUCUUGGGACGGCGAGUACGAUGCGCUGUCGAACAUCUCAUCCACCAUUACAUCGAACAAUGCAGUCAACCCGGUUCCUUUGGGACUACCAGCCCUCGCAGGAUCACCGCUCCUCCAGUACGACCGAGCAGAUCACUGCUUCAUCACCUCCACAAAAAGGGCUCCCAUCUACCCUCGAGGAGGCACCUGGUGUCGUGCAACCGGUUCAAACCCGCAGGUUGUCGCCCAUCAAGAACUCGUUAGCUACUACCAAAGACACCCACCCGCUCACCCAGAAGACAUAUUCACCAUCCUACGGAUCGACGUCGAACCUAUACAAACAGCAGAAAGCGCGCAGUCACCCAUCAAUGAACAACCACUCGAACUCCCUGAAGUUCAGUACGUCCCCAUCAAGAUCCCAGACAUCGAACUACCACCAGCUCCACCCGCACCAACCAAUGCACCGGUUGAAGUCCCUAUGGCAUCGUUCACCCAAGAAGACAUUGAUCAGCGCAUCGCUGUCGCCCUCGCAGCAUACCAAUCCCAACAGUCAACGGCCAACCGACCCCUUUGCCUCGACAUCCCCGCUCCCGAACCCUUCAGCGGGAAGGCAGAGGACCUCAGAUGCUUCAUCCAAUGCAUCCUCUCCUACUUCGUCACCACCAACAACACCCGACUUAGCGAUGAAGCAAAGAUUGCCUUCACCGUAGCGCUGAUGAGGAAGGAUCUGGGGAAAACAUGGGCAGACGCAUAUUACGAGAAAUCGGCAGGAGGAGUCCAGGUCUAUUCCACUUGGGCAGACUUCAUCGCCGCCCUAGAAGAGAAGGAUAGGAAGACAGCACUCUCCCUCGGGAACUAUGUUACCCACUUCGAACAGCUGGCAUCGAAGGCUCAGCUCAAGGACACCGAGGUCAAUGGCACCAACCGCGUCGAGAACAACUACCACACUCUCCACGCCAACUUUGUCAAAGGACUCCCGAAGGAGCUGUAUUUUGCGCUCGCAACAAGGGUCGCUAGGGAUCGACCCAACACCAUGAAGGUCUGGUACGACGAAGUACGAAACACCAAUGCAGCCAAACAGGGGGCUCUCGUCGUCACAGACACCAGGGACUAUGGCGAACCAAUGGAUAUCGACGCUGCUGCCGUCGCAUCAACCUUCGCCUCCACAUCGGGAGGAAGGAAAUGGGAACUAGGAGCCGUUCUCAACGAGGCCGAUCGAAAGCUCCACAGGGACGGAAACCUGUGCUUCUACUGCCACAUCAAGGGCCACAGCGCCAAGGAUUGCCGCAAGAAAGCGGCCGCACGACAAGGGGGUGGAAGGCCGAACCAGGGAGGAUCUGGAAAGGACGACUUCCGCGCCAGAAUCAAGACACUCUCCGCUGACGAAAAGCGGGAGCUGUAUGAAGAACUCACAAUGGAGGAUUUUUGA